UUCCUUAUCAGACCUCUCGUCGUUGGACAUGGUAUCCCUGAGGCAAGCCUUGCCUCCGAGUCCCAUUCCCGAAGGGGGAAAGUCGAAAAGAAAAACCCACCACAUCCACAAAGCGAACACCAUAGGCAUCCCUUCAGAUAAGGACUUGUUCGACACCAAGAAUAACAAUCCGAGAUCGAGACGGAACUUUUUCGAGGGGUUCAAGAAUUCUUUGAAGCACAAGCAUAAGAGUGAUCCGAUGGGCUUACAAGCUAUCAAGGAGGGAGAUCAAGCGAAUUUGAACAGGAGAUGGUCUGAGGAUAAUAAAACUACGCACGACCAAAACUUGAUACCACUUGGCACCCAAGCCCGCUUGAAUACAAAAUGGCAAGACCUGAACCAGGGCGAGGUGGUCGUGGUGACAUGUUAUGACCCCAUGCAAGGCUACUUGGUCAAGCGUAACUCGAACGCUGAAAAAAUAUGGGUCCCUUCCCACGUUUUAUCCAACUUCAACCGAAAACAGGGCUCCUUCAAGUUCCUAUCGAAAUCCAAGAAACUCCUGGACGACAACUCUGAGGCGGAAACGUCAGCGCCCGAGUUCAAAGAGAAGCUCAAAGACUUGACAGUACCGAGCGGUUCCAAGGCGAUAUUCGUGUGCAGAGUGAAGAACUACGGGAUGAUCACGCAGCAGGUUUGGGAGAAGCUGGAGCCGGAACGAUACUUAUUGGGAAGCGGGAAGUGCUUGCUGGACGGUCAGGAGAGGUUGGUGAUGUUCACCAUCGAUAAUGCCAAAGUGUCGGAUUCCGGUACUUAUGCACUUUCCAUUACCAACGAAUACGGUACUGCUGCCUGUUCGGCUGUUUUGACCGUCACGAAUAGCUUUUCUUCAGUACCGGAACCCAAGGUGCAAGUGCUCUCCAGUUCGAGUGCCCUCUUAGAAUGGGAGAGCGCGGAUCAUUCCCAAUUCGUGGUCGAAUAUUGCAGGUUAGGCUCGGGAGAGUGGAUCUCCCCCAACAACAACCAACCAGUCAGUUCGCAUCAGUUCAUCGUUGAGAAUUUGAUCCCAGGCGAAACCUACAGUUUCAGAAUAGUCUGCUUACAAAAUAAUUACGUUAGUCUACCAAGCGCUGCUGUCUGUUUGCCCGCAGCAGAGAAUUUGUGUUGGCAGCAGGAGCAGUUCAAACGCAGGUAUAUCGAACUGGAAGAGAUCGGCCGAGGUCGAUUUUCGGUGGUUCGUUUAGCGCGAGAUAGAGGUACGGGCGUUGAAGUUGCGCUGAAGCAGGUUUCCAGAAGAAAACAACCCCAGAACGUAACGCAAGCUGAAAGUUCGUUGCUGGCAGAGAUGCAGCACCCAAACAUCAUAAGGUCGAUGGCUCUUUUCGAAAAUGCACCCGUGCCUGGGGUAGAUACCAUAGUUAUGGAGCUGGUCAAGGGACCGCUUUUGUUCGAUUAUAUCUGCGAGAAGGAACAGUACAAGGAGGAAGAUGUUAGAACUUACACCCGACAGCUCAUAUCAGCAUUGGAGUGGCUUCAUCGCAAUAAAAUAGCCCAUCUGGAUGUUAAA